AUGUCGCUCAUGCCAUGGUUCGGUGGCCGCGGGGACCCCUUCUCCUCCGACCUGUUUGACCCCUUGGGCGCCUCCGCUUGGCCCUGGGACGCCGUGCGCCGCGGCGGCGACGACGCCACGGCCGUGGCUCGCACCAACGUGGACUGGCACGAGAACGAGAAGGAGCACAUCUUCUCCGCCGAGAUCCCCGGGGUGAGGAAGGAGGACGUGAAGGUGGAGGUGGAGGACGGGAACGUGCUGAAGAUCAGUGGGCAGAAGACGCGGGAGGAGGAGCACAAGGACGACGCCUGGAACCGCGUGGAGCGCAGCUUCGGGUCCUUCAUGCGGCGGUUCCGGCUGCCGGAGAACGCCAAGGCGGAGGGGAUCAAGUGCACCAUGCAGGACGGCGUGCUCAGGGUCGUCGUGCCCAAGGAUGAGGACGCGCAGAAGCAGGGCAACGUCCGCUCCAUCGACAUCGCCUGA